GUCUGCAGGGAGAGGAUACCCUUUUUGGACGUACUGCUUGGGGCAAGGCUUACGCUACGGGCUUUUCGGCAAGACAGGUUUUACUCAGAGGAGCAAGGACACCACUGAGGGAGAGGAAUGGAGCGACUGGCCUCCUUCAGUAAUGACCCUUUUGAUAAGCCUCCAUGCCGAGGUUGCUCUUCAUACCUCACAGAGCCCUACGUUAAGUGUGCUGAGUGUGGGCCUCCUCCCUUCCUCCUGUGUUUGCAGUGUUUCACACGAGGAUUUGAAUACAAGAAACAUCAAAGUGAUCAUACUUAUGAGAUAAUGACUUCUGAUUUCCCUGUCUUGGAUCCUAACUGGACAGCUCAAGAGGAAAUGGCACUCCUAGAAGCUGUGAUGGACUGUGGGUUUGGAAACUGGCAGGACGUAGCCAACCAGAUGUGUACAAAAUCCAAGGAGGAGUGUGAGAAACAUUAUAUGAAACACUUCAUCAACAAUCCCUUGUUUGCAUCUACAUUACUGAACCUGAAGCAGGCAGAGGCGGCGCAACACAACAAAACAGCCAUUCCUUUCCACCCUGCUGAUGAUCCCCCACGGCCUACUUUUGAUUCCUUGCUCUCCAGGGAUAUGGCUGGGUACAUGCCAGCGAGAGCUGACUUUGUUGAGGAGUUUGACAACUAUGCUGAAUGGGAUUUGAGAGAUAUUGAUUUUGUAGAAGAUGAUUCAGACAUUUUGCAUGCUCUGAAGAUUGCAGUUGUAGAUAUCUAUCAUUCCAGGUUAAAGGAAAGACAGAGAAGAAAAAAAAUUAUAAGAGAUCAUGGCCUAAUCAACCUCAGAAAAUUUCAGAUUUUGGAAAGGCGAUAUCCAAAGGAGGUUCAAGACCUUUAUGAAACAAUGCGACGAUUUGCACGAAUUCUUGGACCGGUAGAGCAUGAUAAGUUCAUUGAAAGCCAUGCAUUGGAAUUUGAGCUGCGAAGGGAAAUAAAGCGACUACAGGUAGGAAUCACCAAUUUCUGUAGUGCCAGAACAUACGAUCACCUUAAGAAGACAAGAGAUGAGGAACGCCUAAAGCGCACUAUGCUUUCCGAAGUCCUGCAGUACAUCCAGGACAGCAGUGCCUGCCAGCAGUGGCUCAGUCGACAAGCUGAUAUUGAUUCUGGCCUGAGUCCCACGGUACCAGUUCCUUCAAAUUCAGGUAGACGGAGUGCUCCACCACUGAACCUCACAGGUCUCCCAGGGACAGAGAAACUUAACGAGAAGGAGAAGGAGCUCUGUCAGAUGGUGAGGUUGGUCCCUGGAGCCUAUUUAGAAUAUAAAGCUGCUUUAGUGAACGAGUGUAACAAACAAGGAGGCCUGAGACUAGCGCAGGCUAGAGCACUCAUCAAGAUCGAUGUGAACAAAACCAGGAAAAUCUAUGACUUCCUUAUCAGAGAAGGGUACAUCACAAAAGCCUGAGGACAGACAUCAGCAUUUUGGCUGGAGCAGACAGAUGUGGAGAAGCUUUGAAGUCACUGUGGCAGCGCUGCAAGAUUUUAACAGUGUUGAAUGAAGGACAUUUCCUUUUGUUUAAAAUCUUUUGGGGGUUUUUUUUUGUAAAAACAAGUAGGGAGCUUUGUUGAAUUGUAUGAAUACUGACAUUUCUUUGUCUGGUUUCCUUUUGACUCUGUUGUUUAACACUGUUGUCAGAAUUACGCUGCCACGUAGCACUG